AUGUCUAAUCAGAAUGUCCUAGUGACAUACUCUGCACCAGUGUCGUUUUUGGCCUCAGAGAACUGGAAGCAAGUGCUAGCUGCCUUGCAAUCUCAGCUACCGCUUCGGAGCAUUCACUGGAAGUCAGCCUCCCGACCGAAUCUCAAAACCAUUCAGGAACUUGAACUUACUCUUGUUCCUUUGGAUUCUCUCCGCGAUGAACACACGUCACAAGUACCAGUCACUCUGUUAGAAAAGCCUUUACUCAACCUUUACGUUGUAACGUGCGAGGAUAACGACUUGUACAAGACGACUGUGAAGAAACAGAUCAAAGACUGGCAUUCUUCUAUAUCUCAGCGGAAGAAUCAAGAAUGGAUCAUUGUGCACGUUGUUCGUUCUGAUGUCAAGACCACAGACCGCAAGUUCUUCAACAUGAAGAGCUCCGUCCUUGAUAAGAUAAAGGCAGAUUUUAAUAUUGACAAGCGAGACCGAUGCGUACAGUUGUCAUGGACAGCGGGAGACCACAGUCCUGUCAUAUGGGCUGAUCUUGUGAACAAGAUCAAGGACGGUUUGCUGUCUGCUCUAGAUGUAUCCGUUUCUCAACGUGAAGAAGAGGUCAGACGCUCUGAGAGUCAGAGGCAAAUGCCUGGUUGGAAUUUCUGCACAUUUUUUGACUCUCAGGAAAGUCUUGCAAGCUCCUUUGAAGGAGUGAAACUUUUUGAAGAUGCCCUGCACCAGUACAACGAGCUGGAAGUAUCUUUCAUCCAAGUUCUGAGAGAGAAGAACAUGUCCUGGUUUGGUAGUCUCAUUCAGCCUGUGGACAAGGACGACUCGGUGCCUCUACUCUCAAUUACGAAGAAACAUUAUCGCGACCUUAUCCUCGCCAACUCCAUCUCAGUGUUCGAUUUCCGGAUAUACUUGCUUUCUCGUCAGUGUGCUCUGCUAAAUAAGAUGCGUCGCCCCUCCGAGAUUUGCCAGAAGGUCACCACCUUUUUGGGCACAUUUGGUAGACGAUUGCGAGAGGUAGAGGCCAAGUUAUCGGAAUACUUUAUUGAGUCAUGGAUAUUUUCUUCUGCUCUCAGUGUUGUCGAUCAAUGUGAUACGUGGGCUACUAUGACAGAACUGGAUGGCAUUCAGCUCGCGCGAUUCAGUGCGAGCAAAGGUGAACUUCUUGAAUUAGCCAAGACUCAGCUCGACAUCAUUGGCGUAAAAGUAGGUCAUCUGCCCAAAAAGCUGCCCUUUGCAACAACAUGUAUGGAAGAAACUGCCUUGCAUCCAGAACAAAUCAGUAAACGCUCAUCGACGCGGCGGAUAAGCAAUCACGAGAUCAUACUAGCUAUUAGGGACAAGGAGGCCUUUUAUGACUUGUAUUGCGCAACUUCAAAUCGUGCCAUCGACAUGUACGUAAAGGCUGGCCGUCGCAAAAUUGCGCUAAAACUGCAUGGCUUCCUCGCCGCCCUGGACAUCCAUCGAGGACGCCUGGCGAGUGCUCUGGCCAUUUUUACAUCCUUACCCGCACAUUAUGCACCUCAUAUGUGGAUAUCGCUAGAGUCCUUCGUACUCUCUCGUGCACUCGACAUACAUGCGGAGUUGAAAAAUCCUCAAGACCGAGAGUGGAUACAUAUCUUACUUGCAUAUAUCAGGACAUGCACAAAUGACAUGAGCAAAGAACUGACAUCGGAGGUGGAUCAAGAGAAGUCUGUUACCCAGCUUAUUAGAGCACUUCACACUGCUGCAGCAAGCUUAGACUCAGAUCUGGUUCACACAGACCAUCCUAUUAUGGCAGUUCAAGUAUCUGGCGAUGCUACCUGUAGUGACGAUGAAGACUUAGUCUUGGUAGAUGCCACCGUUUCAAACCAUCUACCAUGUGAUGUCUUUGUUGAUGAAAUUAACAUAACAUUGCGCGGUCGAGACUCUGAACGUCUGAAGUUCAUCGCAAAGGUGGAUAAACUUCCUCCUGGCCAAUCGACCGUAACCCUAUCUUGCCCGUCAUCUUCGUGGGGUCUAUAUACUCUUGAGAGCAGUGAAAUAGUGAUGUCGCGUGUCCACUUUCAAUGGCAACAUACGGGUACUGCGACGACCACUGCUCCCAAGAGGAAUCAGAUUUCAUUGGUGCGCGUGCCACACAGUUUGCGCGCAUUGGAUGUACAGGUGCGUCAACCUCAGCAAACUGAGCUUGGAACGACAUCACACCUCUUGCUUGUGAUUUCCACUGGCCGGAAUGACAUCUCGAGGGCAACUAUUAAGCUAACUCCGCCUUCUGGAGUACGAUUCAACUAUUCUGCGGCACGCUUAGAGGCCGAAGGUACGGAGACUCUUGAGGCCUCUGAUAAUGCUAUCGUCCUUCUGGAUGCUCCCGUCGACGCGGACAUCAUAAUUUCGCUGCCACACUCCGAUGCUUCGAGAUAUCAUACAAUGAAAAUCUGGUUAAAUGUGACAUAUAACACGCAAUCCUCAAUGGGUGUGAUCCGCACCUUGCAAACCUCAAGAGUUGUCACGGUCUCACUACCCAUAGCAGUUAAUGUAGAAGACUUUUUCCGCGGCAAAAGACUAUUUUCCAAGUUUACUAUCUCGGCAACUUCCCACCAGCACGUUCGAAUAUCCUCGACAGAGCUGCAGGGUGCACGAAGUCUCGAUGGGGUGAAGAUCUCAGGCUGUCGUCCGAGCCGUCCUGUUGUGACCGUUAUGCCAGAACAUCCCGUGAACUUCUUGUUCUCCAUAGAGUCGUCGAAUGGACCUGUUCUUGAUCCAUUGAACCUUGUUAUUAAAUACCGCAUACUACGUGACGAGGUGGAGGCAUUAGUUCGACAAACGGUGGAAACUGUGUUGUCAAGCAUGCCAGUCGAGAAGCCCCAAUACGGCUCUCCACGACGUAUGCUCAUCGACAAACUGGUCGCACAACUGGAGAGUGACGCUGAAUGGGUAGAAGCAUACAGAGCUACUGGUGAAAUUAUCUUACCUCGUUCGUUUGAAGAUGACGGGGAUUUCCAGGGACCUAUUUUGGAGGCAUUGGCGCAAUGUCGCCCAGAGACUGCAUCACCCUGCCCUUGGAGAGAGAUCAAGAUACCAGUUGACGUGCCAAGGAUGAAUAUUGUGACUGCAGCACAAAUCACUAUUCAACCCUCUUCACUUCCCAGUGACAUUCAGUCAGCUCAACUACCGCCAAUCUACGCAGGCCAACCAAUCAACGCAACCCUCAUCUUCAAGACAUCUUUUCAUUGGGCUGAGAAAGAGGGCAAACAGCGUUGCUACACGAUGCGAUACGAUGUCGAAGAGCGUGUCAAGGAUUGGCUUUUGUGUGGACGAAAACGUGGAGAUUUCGUUGCAACUGACGGUGGUUCAUUUGCUGUUCCGUUGACAUUGAUAGCUCUGCAUCACGGCGAAAUUACCUUACCCAAGGUCGACGUUCGACCACUACCGAUAUUAACGCAAGCCUCGAUGGGGUCUACAGUGCCAAGCGCUGAUGCUUGUCAAGUUCAUGGAGCUGAAAAGGUUUUGAUUCUGCCCAGAGGUGGCAGAAGUACAUAUAUCGUAGGUAUGGGCGGCGAGUACGAAUGA